CUGCAGCUUUGAGAGAACUGCUGAGAGUGGGCAGCUGAUUCGUGGAUUCCAGGCGAGGCUGUAUCCACCUGGGGCAUACGGCAGGCACCACCGCACUGGCACCUCUUUUGUGGGAUCUCUGCAGAGCCUUUCUGCGCCCAUGACAAGAAACCCCGAUCCCGACUUACCCCUCACUUUGCCUCAGCUGACUUCACCGAGAUUUGAGACUCUUGCUUCAGUGACAAAGGGGACAAUACCAUGCCUUUCAACGAAACCCGAAAAUAUCAUUCAGCACGGGGCUCCACAGGGUCCUGCAGACCUCUUUUGCACUUUGGUUAGACACGAUGUCUGCAGACAGUAAGGGCAUCCUGGCUGCUGAGAGCAAGGAGAAAACCCAUGAGGUUCCAGGUCGUGGGCAGUGCUGUGGAGACAUGCUCUCUGGGCAAGAGGAGACAGCCUUGGCAGCCUCUCAGGAGUCAACACAUAUUAAGGCAGAGCCGGAAGAACCACCCCCUGAGGGGGUAUCAUUGGAGGAUAGAGCUCCAGGAACACAGGGCUGGAUGCCCCAGAGUCCUGGCUCUAAGGAGAAAGCUCUGUUCCUGCCUGGCAGAGCACUUCCCUCACCCUGGAUUCCAGUACUUUCCCGAGGGGGAAGGCCCAGAGAACGACAGGUGGCCGCGGCACUCCUCACCGCCUGGUCCCAGAUGCCGGUGACCUUUGAGGAUGUGGCUCUGUACCUCUCCCGGGAGGAGUGGGGAAGGCUGGACCACACACAGCAAAAUUUCUACAGGGAUGUACUACAGGAGAAAAACGGGCUAGCUUUGGGGUUUCCGUUCAGCAGACCUCUCUGGGUCCCCCAAGUUCACGGGAAGGGCGAGGUGGCGAGUUCCAGCAGACCGCCAGGUGCCGAGGAGAGAAGAGGCCUUGGUUCAGGGGUUGUGGAAAUGGGGAAGGUGGUCCCAACCCUAGCCAUGGCAACCCUGGAGGACGCGAAACCCUUAAGGACCAGGGCCAGGUGGGCUCCCCGGGAAGAGCCACAGUGUGGUCAGCAAGUGGCUAGCGGCCUGGGUGCAAAGAUGGCCAGAGACUCUGGGGAAGCCAGGCAGCCCAAGCCCUCCCCACCCGACACACAUCCUCUCAAGAACCCAGAGAACAGCGGCCCAGGGAAACCCAGCGCGGAGGAGAAGGGCGCCCUGGAAAGUGGCGAGGAAGGUCUUGUUGCGGACGGUGACCCGGGCAGGAAGACAUACGAGUGCGAACAGUGUGGCAAGGGCUUCAGCUGGCACUCACACCUGGUGACACACCGGCGCACUCACACGGGUGAGAAGCCCUACACCUGCACGGACUGCGGCAAGCGCUUCGGCCGCAGCUCCCACCUCAUCCAGCACCAGAUCAUCCACACGGGCGAGAAGCCCUACACCUGCCCCUCGUGUUGGAAGAGCUUCAGCCACCACUCCACGCUGAUCCAGCACCAGCGCAUCCACACCGGUGAGAAGCCGUACGUGUGCGACCGCUGCGCCAAGCGCUUCACCCGCCGCUCAGACCUGGUCACACACCAGGGCACUCACACCGGCGCCAAGCCGCACAAGUGCCCCGUCUGCGGCAAGUGCUUCACGCAGAGCUCCGCCCUGGUCACGCACCAGCGCACCCACACCGGCGACAAGCCCUACCCGUGCCCGGAGUGCGGCAAGAGCUUCAGCCAGCGCUCCAACCUCAUCGCGCACAACCGCACGCACACGGGCGAGAAACCCUACCACUGCCUGGACUGCGGCAAGAGCUUCAGCCACAGCUCUCACCUCACCGCCCACCAGCGCACCCACCGCGGUGUGCGGCCCUACGCCUGCCCGCUCUGCGGCAAGAGCUUCAGCCGCCGCUCCAACCUGCACCGGCACGAGAAGAUCCACACCACCGGGCCCAAGGCCUUGGCCAUGCUCAUGCUGGGGGCGGCGGCGGCAGCGGGGGCGCUCACCGCACCCCCACCUGCUCCCACUUAGAAGCCACAGAGAGACAGAAGAGAGCACCCAGGGUAGCUGGGACAGUCCCCGCUGAUGCUGGAGCCCUGGGAAGAAGACACUGGGUCCUAGCCAGUGGGAUGGACCGGGAUGAGGGCGGGGAGCUGUCAGGGUCCAGCGCUGGCACCAGGUGGGACAUGGUGACGUGGGAGGAGAGGGCGAGCACUCUAGCUGCAGAUUAAAGGCCUUGGAUUGCAAGCUGUGGCCUGUGGCUAUGUCUGCCUGGUGCUUGAGCCGAUCGCUGAGCGUCCCGCAGCUCUUGGUUCUACCAUGGUCCUCGGUCAGGCAUUCCUGAGUCCCCUCUUUUGGCCUGGAAGCCUCUCUUCCCUGACUCUUGGGGUCAGGGUCCCUUUUGUCAAAGGCCUAUUCCAGAACAUGGGGACCUUUUUUAGAAAAAUAAUAACUUUUGUGGUUGUUGUUGGUA